CGGAGAAAUGCGACUGAAGCGCCUUCCAUCUCCCCAGCGCGCACGAGCAGUCAGUCACGGCCGCGGAACACCUGUGUUGCCACGUUGCUAGGAGGCUCUCCAUCAGCACCAAUCAGAGCAGCGGCUCAGAGGGGGAAUUCAAACAGUGCUCGCUGCUAACUGCUCAAUUGUCGGAAGGGAUCAAUGCCGCCCCAGUCCGCUGCAGGGAGCCUAAUCAUUACACACCAUCCCGGCCGCUCCGCACUUGUGUGUAGUCAAUAACAAACGAGCAGGCGGGAAAUUAGUGCCUUGUGACCAGGGUUUGACGCACGGCGAGGGGUGUGCUGUGAGGCUGUUUUCGGCGGACAGAGCCGCUCAUUCUCUCACCUCGUGGGCUGGCUUUCCUAUUUGAACUGAGACUGAAACGAGGCCGGGGGAUUCCUGCCGUAACCACAGCGAAAGGGAAAAUCUCUCCAGGCUUAUGCGAGCGAACGCGUGGCGAAUCGUGCGUGUACUGGUACAGUUUAAACGGGAUAGUUCAAACGGACAGGAGCCUUACCGUGUCUCUGCUGGGAGAAGUCGUCCGGUGGCAGUAGGGGCGGGCGCGGACCGUAUGGGUCACUGAAAGUGUCUCUCGCACGUCUUUCCAGUGCCCGCCUCGGACCUCCUCUGUGACCAGGCGGCGUGGUGGCUCGCCCGGGAGGAUGUUCCUUUGGGCCGGUAGCAAAGGGGCACAGGCUUCGGGUCAUGAGAGAAGGACGAUUUACCAGAAGAUCCGGGGGUAUGAUAUUCUGGAUAAGAGGAGGACGGUGACUGCACUGAAAGCGGGGGAGGACCGGGCCAUUCUCCUCGGCCUGGCCAUGAUCCUCUGCUCCGUCAUGAUGUACUUUGUGCUGGGAAUCACUAUGCUGCGCUCUUAUUCUGACAGUGAGUGGACGGCGGAGUCCAGCUGCACUGUGCUGAACUCCAGCAUCACGGCGGAGGUGAACUGCACCUACAGCUGCGGCUCGGACUGCCGCCGGCCCGCCAGCUACCCCUGCCUGCAGGUGUUCGUCCGGCUGAACGCGUCCGGCAGGGUCCUGCGCCUGUCCCACAACGAGGAGGCCCAGGACAAGAGCCCCGAGUGUUUCUACGUGCCCCGGUGCCGGAGGGACUCCGUGGCGAUGCUGGGCGUCAUGCUCAACGUGUCGGAGUGGCUGAAGACGCAGCCGCGGCUGCUCUGCUUCUACGACCCCGGCGAGCGGCGGGACGCGGCGCUCCUCACGCGGCUGUACGGCCGCGGCGCCGUCUUCCACUCGCUCGUCUGGCCCUCCUGCACGCUGGGGGGCGGCGUCCUCAUCGUCGCCAUGGUCAAGCUCACGCAGUACCUGUCCAUCCUCUGCGAGCAGAUCGGCAAGAUCAAGAGGUGAGACGGGCGAGGGGCCGCACCUGCGCCAAGGUCAUCG